AUGUGGCUCCGGGAUUUAACUGUGCUGGUGAUAGCGGUGUUAGUUUGUAGAGGAGAGUCACAGUCUCUCACCAGAUUCCCUCCAGGAGCUUUCAUUGAACCGGAAGUUUUCCAACCAGAAGCCAAGUUCUGUCCAGGAAAUGGAAUGGCAACAUUCGUUGACAGUCCUCCCAUCGAUCGCCCGAGCUGUGUCCCCGCCCCCGGGCCCGUCCAGUGCUCUCUUCAGGUUAUGGUAUCGGGUAUAAGACCACAGGGAACUAUUUGUAGGAACAAAGGCUACCUCAGUGGGUGGACCAGAGUUCCGCCGGAGGGAGGACCAUUCUAUGCCAAAUGCUGCUCUUCAAUGAAAUACACUUAUUCAGAGGAUAGCUGUGUUACUCGCGUUAGAACACCUGAGUUUUCGGGAUCUGGCCUUCCCUCCUAUUACUUCCCUGUCGGCGGUAUAACACUAAGUGACAGAAUUGGGUUUUCUGUGAGGUACUGUGUGUUCGUUCGACGAUUUCCUUGAAGUCUGGACUCAAAUUUAUCUUAUCUGUAAUGCUCCUAGUACAUCUAAUAUAUAAGCUCCAGCUUUAUUCAGUCAAUUAUGAUCAUAAUUGUCCAUGCCUUAAUUUUACUUAAUGUAUACCUUUUUAAAGAGAAAGUUACAGAUUUUAGUACAUAAUAUGAAUCUUAAUUUAAGUUACGAUCAUUGAUGAACUUUAGUGUGCCGAUUUUACGGUUAUUGCAAUGUCAACUUCCUUCUUUUGGAAUAAAAUAAAUGCACGUUCAUUU